AUGCUAAAUGACAAAAAGCAAAAGCUACUAGAUGUUGCUACCUUUGUUAUGAACUUCAGAGAUAGUUGUCGGUUAUUUUCGACUGAGCUCCAUUUCUUCAAUUUCGUGGGGCUAUUUCUGUUUUACUACUACUACUACUACUACUACUACUACUACUACUACUACUACUACUACUACUACUACUACUACUACUACUACUACUACUACUACUACUACUACUACUACUACUACUACUACUACUACGACGACUACUACUACUACUACUACUACUACUACUACUACUACUACUACUGGUAA